AAAGCAGCGGACACUCAAUGGAAUGCACAGACGUCGGGGAUGGACAAUUUGGAUGGAUGAGUGUGCUAAGCUAUGAAGGAGGUGUUCCGGACUCUCUGCUCUCACACAGGAUGACAGCUGGUGAGGAGCCGGGCCUCUCCAAUGAGGAAACCAGCGACAUGCAAGAGGUUCCCAGGGUUCUCGAGCUGUGUCCAGCUGACAGGCUUUCAAAGAUGGCACAAUAACAGUCCCAGUGAUGCCUGAUCAUGACAGCACAGCCCUCUUAAACAGACAAACCAAGAGAAGAAGAGUUGACAUAGGAGUGAAGAGGACUGUUGGGCCAGCAUCAGUGGUUUUUACCCGAGAAAAAUCAAGCUUUUUUAGUGCCAUGAAUCCCCACGGUUCCGAGCAUGAUGUCGAGUGUUCAGUGGUGCAACACGCAGACAGCGAGAAGUCCAACGUACUCCGCAAACUACUGAAGAGGGCGAACUCUUACGAAGACUCUAUGAUGCCCUUUCCAGGGGCGACCAUCAUCUCUCAGCUUCUGAAAAAUAAUUUGACCAAAAACGGUGGCAGUGAGCCUAAUUUCCAGGGGAGUGGCCUGUCGAGUACCGGUUCGGAGAUCCAGCAGGAAGAUGCUUGCAGCAACUCCUCGCGGGGUAGCCCCCAGGAGUGCCUUUCGCCGUUCAACAGGCCCUCCAUGACCCAAUUUGAAAUGGAGAGGCUAACAGAUGAGCAUCUCAGGGCCAAACGAGCCCGGGUGGAGAACAUCAUCCGCGGGAUGAGCCACUCUCCCAGCGUCACGCUUCGUGCGGGCGAUAACGAGCGAGAGGGGAUGGCCCAGCCCCCCAGUCCUCGUGAGAACUAUCGGGAGAACAAGCGCAAACAGAAGCUGCCACAGCAGCAGCAACAGAGUUUCCAGCAGCUGGUGUCUGCCCGCAAAGAGCUGAAACACGAGGAACGCCGACAACUGAAACUCCAACUCGAAGACAUGCAGAAACAGCUUCGGCAACUGCAGGAGAAAUUCUACCAGAUUUACGACAGCACCGACUCCGAGAACGACGAAGAUGGGAACGUCUCCGAAGACAGCAUGCGUUCUGACGGAAUGGACAAUCGAGCCCACGACUCCGUACCAGAUCGCUCCGACAACGAGAUGUCCGACAUCGAUCCGGGCCACUUCUUGGAUCGAGCACGAGCGCUUAUUCGCGAGCAGACCAUAAUGACGGAGAGGGACAAACCCAAGCGCGACGGGUCGCGUGGAAAGAGCCAAGGACCAACCUCCAUGCACGCAGAGGGUAAACAUUUAGCCGAGACGCUCAAGCAAGAGCUCAACACGGCAAUGUCCCAGGUGGUGGACACAGUGGUAAAGGUCUUUGCUAAGCCUCCACGCCCAGUUCCUCAGGUUUUCCCACCCCUGCAAAUGCCCCCUGACCGUUUCGCAGUCAAUGGAGAAAACCCAAACUUCCAUACUGCUAACCAGCGCUUGCAAUGCUUCGGAGAUGUCAUCAUUCCUAAUCCACUGGACACUUUUGCUAGUAUGCAGAUGCCUAAUUCAAAUGACCAAACUGAGGCCCUGCCUUUAGUGGUGAGAAAGAGCUCCUCAGAUCAGACUGGGUCUCUGCCCACACCUGGGGGUCACCAUCAUCCCUCACUGCACCCCUCUCCUUUAUCUUCCACAAUGGGCUUUAGUCCUCCCUCCUUCCGCCAUCCCUUUCCCCUUCCUCUAAUGGGCUACCCAUUCCAGAGCCCCUUAGGUCCCCCAACAGGGCAUUACCCAGGAAAGGACAGGUCUUCUCCCGAGUCUCUGGAUCUGUCCAGAGAGAGCACAAGCCUACGGACCAAGAUGACGUCCAACCACCUCAGCCACCAUCGUUCCAUCUCACCAACGCACCCGGGAAAUGAAGGCCUGUCUUUGUCCCUCAUUAAGUCAGAGUGUGGAGACCUUCAGGACAUGUCUGAUAUCUCUCCAUAUUCAGGAAGUACAAUCCAAGAGGGUCUUUCUCCAAACCAUCUGAAGAAGGCCAAACUGAUGUUCUUCUACACACGCUACCCCAGCUCCAACAUGCUGAAGAUGUUCUUCUCAGACGUGAAGUUCAACCGCUGCAUCACAUCCCAGCUGAUCAAGUGGUUCAGCAACUUCCGUGAGUUCUACUACAUCCAGAUGGAGAAGUUCGCCCGCCAGUCCAUCAACGACGGCGUUACCGGCCCCGAAGAGCUGAGCGUCAGCCGAGACAGCGAGCUUUUCCGCGCUCUCAACAUGCACUACAACAAAGCCAACGAUUUUGAGCAGGUUCCGGAGCGAUUCCUGGAAGUGGCACAGAUCACGUUACGGGAGUUUUUCAAUGCCAUUGUGGCAGGCAAAGAUGUUGAUCCUUCCUGGAAGAAGGCCAUAUACAAGGUCAUCUGCAAGCUGGACAGCGAGGUCCCGGAGAUUUUCAAAUCUCCCAAUUGUCUGCAGGAGCUUCUGCAUGAGUAGUGAUUUCGAUUGCUUACCAACUCUCCUCCCUUCUUUUCCUGAAUCUUUAUGAAGUAAGAGGUAGCAUUCCUAUUUUGAAACCAACCCGAGCUACUUUCGAAAUGACUUAGAUGUUAAUUUUUUCCUGUGCUUCUUUUUUGGGGAAAGUCUAUGAAAUCGAUCGUUUCGACUGUAUUCAAUCCCCAAUUUAUUGCCUUUGAAACGGGCAUUACUAUGUUCACCACACAGUGGUUAAUGGAACUGACACCCGGAAUUUCUUUCUUUUAUUGGUCGCUUUGUUUUACCCCAGGAUGUUUGCAAUGUGUGAUGGUUUUACUAUUGCUGAAUAAGACUUGCAUUUGUAGCUUGUAUAGAUGUAAUUAUUAUUUAUGAUUAAUAUAAUUAUUACCAUUAAUGUUAUUAAUGCUUGCUGCAAAAAAAGAAGGAAAAACAAAAAACUGACAUGUGGUAUUCUUGUUUCUCAUGGCAAUGCUACAUAAAAUAAAUUAUUCUUUGGACAAAAAAAUGAUGAUGAUGAUGAUGAUAAUAAAGAGGGGUAUACAUUUUCUAUGUGGGAAAUUCAUAUAUAUAAUAUAAAUAUAUUAUAUUUGAUGUUAUUCUUGAAAGGAACAGCAUUAACUGUUUUCUUUGAUUUUUUUUUUUUGGUUUAGCCAUUCUUCUGUGUUGGCUAGGGUCCAAUGUUCCUGUGUUUUGUGUCCACAUUGAUAGCACUGGCUCUAGGGAGGGAGGCCUAGUCGUAGGUUUUUCCUUGAUGGAGCAGCCUCUCCUGUAACUAAGCAACAUGGCCAUUUCAUACUGGGGCAAGCCAGUGCGGCACAAAAAGAUGGACGCCUUCCCACUGAGAAACCAUUAUUGCUCAUAAAAAGCACACUGUCGAAAUCGCCAGCAUAAACACAAAUACCAAAAUACACAUCCCUGUCAAGCAUAAACUGUAAUUCACAAACAUUCGCUCGCUCGACACGUGCUCGACGGCGGCGGCAAGAUGAGUGUCGAUCUUGUCCACCUGCUAGCCGGGAACACCUCUGUAAUUGGACCGUAAAUGCUCGUACACCAAUACAGAUUUUGCAUAAUUUGAGCACAAAUUGAAAACGUUUUCUUUCUACGUUACGGGAUUGUACAUAGUUUAUUUGUUAGAAAUGUACAGAGUUGCUUAACAUUCACAAUCAUUCAAUUAAGCUAUGGCAGUGUACAGUUUAUCAGUAGUACAAUUUUCAUGCCAGAAUUUAAUAUUGAAGAUCUUUCACUGAAGUUGUCUUUUAUUAAUAUGAAGAAUCUUAUUUUAGGGAGCUAACAUACCCCAAAAACAAUUAGCCUACCCUAAAAAAGAAUGAAUUGUUUUGUUUCAGUUAAAAAGUAGUUGCCUUAAAAUUUUGAGUUAAUUCAACUUAAAAAAAAUGAGUAAAAAUUGUCAUCAACUAAUAAUUUUAAGUUAAAUUAACUCAAAAUUUAAAAGUAACUUACUUUUUUUCAGUAAGUGUCAUCCUCUCCUAAUUCAGAAAUCAGCUGUAGAGGGCAAGAGCCGGACAUGUGAUCUGCUCUGGAAGGCCGUGCCGUUUGCGUCGGGCAAAUCCAGCUGAUGAAUUGAAACGCAGGCCGGCAAUUAUUGUCAGCACAAUGCCUUAAAAAACCUGCUGACUUCUAGAUUAAUAGGCACAAAAGAGCAUGAGGUGCUGUCAUACUGUCGCCAGGGCUGGCAUCAUCCACAGCCCCCGGACUAACAAAAACGCCAAGCUUUUCACUAUGCAUUGUAAAGAGGAGGAAAACAAAUCCAAAACAAAGUUAGGAGUCGAUCAAAGGAAAUGUUUGGCACUGUUUUGUCUCUUGCGAGGCUGUGUUGACAUACGUGAUCUUUACAUGCAUUGUGAUAUGAAUAAACAGUUUGUUUAAAGUUUAAAGAAGUUUUGUGUUUGUGGUGGUGUGAAAGGCACUGUUUCAAUUAUUUCUAACAUUUCUAAGGUUGUGUCGUAAUGAGAUAUUGAACCGUACACACUUUAUUGAGUGUAUCUGAUCAACACCAGCUAAUGUUUUUUCACGCAAAUAAAUCAAUCAAUUUAUGAACAAGAAUAUAAUUUAAUACCAAUAUGGAUGGACCAACAAUAACAUUAUAAAGUGUAAAAUUGAGCACAAGUUAAAAGUAGGGUUAUAUUUUUCUUAUUUGAAACAAAAAUGAUUUUUUCACCCUAUUUAAUUGGAUGUUGAAUACUUUAAGACUUUAUGCGUAGCACUGAGGCUGUAGGUGUGUGUGAAAGUUUUGCAUGUGAGUGUGUGAAUACACGAAUGAUAGGAGUUUUAGUUCCCACAAAGAGAUCAGUUUUCUUCCUAUAAUUUAUUGUUUCUCUUUAUUGUUUGGUUUUAUUUGUAUUUAUCACUGUAAUACAUUGCUAAGGGAAACGAGAGGCAUUCAACAUCUCAACUCUUUGUCCUGCACUGCUGUUGUACUAUAUUACGAUAUGUGGUGAAAUUUGGUUUACUGUCAGUCAAAUUUUGCUCCCUUUCAUCUCAACACUAGUUUAGGUUGCCCGUCAGUACAUCAAUCUGGUAAUAAGAUGAGUUUGUUGUUAUACAAAGUCAUUUUCUGUGUCGCUUUAAGCCGUUUAAGUGUAUUUUGCACUGCUUUAGGGUCAACAGGCUACAUUUACGAAAGACUGAAUAAUCUCAAAUCUGAUCGGGUUUAGGUACAGUACACAUAUAGUACUGUGCAAAAGCCUUAGGCCACCACCAGACUUGUUGUUUUAUUAAAAUACAAACAGAAAAUAUGUAUCAAAAAAAAAUAAUUUUUAGGAUUAAAUGUCUGUUUUAGGAAUCGUCUGUGUUUAGUGUGACCUCUCUUGGCACUAAACACAUCUUGAGCGUUUUUGAGAAGAAUGAAGUAAAACGUUUUUUUUUUUAAUUAGGAUUUAAUUUUAUUUAAGUUUAAGAGAUCCUGCCGUUUCCUGCUAUUGCUCAAGUGAAGGGGAGUUUACCCUAAAAACUUGACACAUCAGUUUACAUUUUUAUAGUUUUUAAUACUAUAUACAGUACACUUUUCCUUUAUUUUCUGGAUGUAUUCUAUUAAAGAGACCGAGAAACAAUUAUAUAUAAUCACUAUAACAUUGCAAAAACAACAAAUCUAAUUCUGGCAUGCAUGGUGGCCUACUUUUGCACAGUACUGUACAUUUCACUACUUGGCAUUUUCAUUUUACAUACUUUAGGAAUUAUUAUUUUUACUUUAUUUUUUUGAUCUGUCGUGUAAUCACAAAUCUGUAAAAAUCCGAAUCAAUUGCCAAACAGUGGUUUGGGACUGUUUUUUUAAUACACAGAAAGAAAAGUCACAAAGAGAAAGAAACUUUGUAUAUAUUUCCUGGGAGGGGAACGAUUAUUUGUACCGAAUGCAAUGUGUUGUACAAGACUCUUGACACUUUGUAGAUUUAACGCUGUAUUUAUGAAGUAUGUGCUCCCUUAAACAUGGUUUCACUGGCUUAAACAUGUAUGUAAAUAUACAAAGAGGAAAACGAGAAAACACUGCCUUUCUAUGAUUUAGCAAUAUGAUGUAAAUAUAUAGCAUUGUUAUGCUUUUUUGUAUGAAAGAAUAUGGGAAUUACAGCUGAAACUGUUACAGGUUUUAUUUCACAUUCAUUCAUUUUGAAGGAUACUCAUGAUGAAUUAUUUGAUCUGUACACAUUGUGGAUUUUGUUGUCGAUUUGUCAUGCAGAAUUUUCAUAAUUUAUUGGUUUAAUUUAUCAUAAUUUAUUGGUGUACAAUUUUGGUAUUUCUGGGGAUGUACUGUAAUAUUAUUUGGUAGAACGACACGAUAUAACUCUCCUGAGGUCCUUAACUCCGUAGAGACAUAAAGAGACACUUGUGUCCAGGUAGCCAUUGUCAUUUCAGACACUGUUGAUGAUUUAAAAAAAUAUAUGUACAAGAAAACUUCUCAUCUAUCUUGUUUGGAAGGUGUGUUUUUUUUUUUGGAGUUUUUAUUUUUAUUUAUCACUUAAUCAGACUUUUACCUUUUGCUUUUUACCACCUACACAGUACAGUAGUCAAAGUGCCUCGUGUGCCUUCCAUCUCCUCAGAAACUGAAUGUAUGUGCAGUAUAUAUGCAAGCUUGUGCAAAAUAAAAACUAAGUCCUAGA